AUGGGUACAGGUAUCAAGGGGGGUGGUGGUGGUCCUUGGCCAAAGGUCGGCCAAAAAAAUUGUGGUGGUGAAAAAAGGUUUUCUACUGGAUUUGCUUAUCAGUCCAACACCAAUGACUACAAGGUUGUUAAGAUCUCUCAAAUGCGUGUUGACUACGAUGAGAUUGAGACUGAGGCUGAGGUUUACACAUUGAGCUCCAACUCUUGGAGAAGGGUUGAAAUCUCAUUGGCAAACACUGUUUUGAGCUUGCCUCCCGACAAUCACACUGCCACAUUUGUUAGUGGAGCUUUGCAUUGGUUGGGAAAUGAUUGUGAAGCCGCUUCUCAUUACAUGAUUUUGUCAUUUGAUGUCAAUAAUGAUAAAUUUGGAGAGAUAGCACUCCCUCAUGUACAACAACAACAACAACUGCUACCACAAGGUGUAAUGGCAAAACUAUAUCGUCUGAUGGCGUUCAAGGGGAAACUGGGCUUCAUUACAUUGGGUUACUUCAGAUUCGACCACGCUAACGAAGACGAAUACAAUGACUUUAUGAGGUCGCAUACACCUCAUUCAUGCUUCAUAUGGGUGAUGGGGGAGUAUGGUGUACAUGAAUCAUGGAGUAAACUUUUUUUUGUCCAGUUUGAAAAUGUUUUCUCUGUAAGUUUCUUUGGUUGCACCAGUCGUGGUGAACUGCUAGUUAUAAAGAAGCUUAAUCCUGAAUCCAACACUGAACGGAGGUUCACAGUUGUUUUACUUGACCUUGAAACUUCACGUGAGAAGGAUCUUGGUUUCCAAAAAGUUCCAGAUAUAGCUACUACUUUUAUGGAAAGCCUUGUGUUACUUGAUGGAGCAACUGAGCUAUCUGGAUAA